GUGUACGUGCGCAUGCGUGUGUGUGUAUGUGUGUAUUCAGUACGCCAGUGGUGCAGCUCUGACGUAAAAAAAUGUUUUAAACCCUCCUCUGGGCACAAAUUCUCAAGAGCCUGGCACUGCCCAGGGAGCAUCCUGAAGGGCAUUGUCACCUGAAGCAGAAGAGCUGUCAGAUCUUUCCCUUCAGCUCUUAAAUCAUUGUCACGCAAUGGCUUUCAUCUUGGGAGAUUCGUCCUCUGCAUUUUGGAACUGAGCCUUCCUAGUGUUCUGAGAGUUUUCUGCUGUCUGUUCAGCUUAGCACGCUAAGAAGCCGGAGAGGUACCCAGCAGCCUGGUUGCAUGCUCUAUCUUGGAAAAGUAUUUGACUGCUUUAAGAAAUCGUGAAAUCAUUCUGGGCCACACUGUGGGAUUAUAUUGAAUUUUUUUUUUUAAGGUUUUAAAUUUUUAUAUGUAAAUGCCGGAAAGCUUGGAGAUAGUCUAUUUCAAAGAAGGCUUUUGGUUUCUGAGACUGGCAGGGACAUAAAAUGACAUGAGAGUGUCUCAGCAGGAUUCCAAAUUCACAAAAGGUUUUUCCAGGCACCUACUCUGUUCAGAACGGGGAUGCAGAGAUGUCCUGGAGAAUCUGAAGUUCUGCCUUAACCCUCGAAACUUUGAAAGCAAUGGCUGAAAAGGAAAGAUGAAUACCUAGAGGCUCCCUCUGGAAAUGACUGAGGUUUGCCACCACAAUUGGCUACUUUGGCUUUGUCCUUCAAAAUUUGGUAUCUUCAUGUGCUGUCUAGCAUCUACUACAGGUCAGAUGGAGCUUAGGAGGACAAGGGAGCCUAGUAAUAAACGGGUCAAACCCCUUUCCAGAGUUACGUCACUAGCAAACCUCAUCCCGCCUGUGAAGGCCACGCCAUUAAAGCGCUUCAGUCAAACCCUGCAGCGCUCCAUUAGCUUCCGCAGUGAGAGCCGCCCUGACAUCCUCGCCCCCCGACCCUGGUCCAGAAAUGCCGCCCCCUCAAGCACGAAACGGAGAGAUAGCAAGCUGUGGAGUGAGACCUUCGAUGUGUGCGUCAAUCAGAUGCUUACAUCCAAGGAAAUCAAACGUCAGGAGGCCAUCUUUGAGCUUUCCCAAGGAGAAGAAGACUUGAUAGAAGACUUGAAAUUAGCAAAAAAGGCCUAUCAUGACCCCAUGCUGAAACUCUCCAUAAUGACAGAACAAGAGUUGAAUCAAAUUUUUGGAACACUGGACUCUCUAAUCCCUCUACAUGAAGAGCUCCUUAGUCAGCUUCGAGAUGUUCGGAAACCUGAUGGCUCGACUGAACACGUUGGUCCCAUCCUCGUGGGCUGGCUCCCUUGCCUCAGCUCCUAUGACAGCUACUGCAGCAAUCAAGUAGCCGCCAAAGCUCUGCUGGACCACAAAAAGCAAGAUCACCGAGUCCAGGAUUUCCUACAGCGAUGUUUAGAAUCCCCCUUUAGCCGCAAACUAGAUCUCUGGAAUUUCCUCGAUAUUCCAAGAAGCCGUCUGGUAAAAUACCCUCUGCUUCUCCGAGAAAUCUUGAGGCACACACCAAAUGAUAAUCCAGAUCAGCAGCACUUGGAAGAAGCUAUAAAUAUCAUUCAGGGAAUUGUGGCAGAAAUCAACACCAAGACUGGCGAAUCUGAAUGCCGCUAUUAUAAAGAGCGGCUUCUUUACUUGGAAGAAGGCCAGAAAGACUCCCUGAUCGACAGCUCUCGAGUCUUGUGUUGUCAUGGUGAACUGAAGAACAAUCGGGGCGUGAAACUGCAUGUUUUCCUGUUCCAAGAAGUGCUUGUGAUCACUCGAGCCGUCACCCACAAUGAGCAGCUUUGCUACCAGCUGUACCGUCAGCCAAUCCCUGUGAAGGACCUCCUGCUGGAAGACCUCCAGGACGGAGAAGUGAGGCUGGGUGGCUCCCUGCGAGGGGCAUUCAGCAACAACGAGAGAAUUAAAAACUUCUUCAGAGUCAGUUUCAAAAAUGGAUCCCAAAGUCAGACCCACUCGCUACAAGCCAAUGACACCUUCAACAAACAGCAGUGGCUUAAUUGUAUUCGUCAAGCCAAAGAAACAGUUUUAUGUGCUGUCGGGCAAGCUGGGGUGCUUGACUCCGAGGGAUCAUUCCUAAAUCCCACCACUGGGAGCAGAGAGCUACAGGGAGAAACAAAACUUGAACAGAUGGACCAAUCGGACAGUGAGUCAGACUGUAGUAUGGACACAAGUGAGGUCAGCCUCGACUGUGAGCACAUGGAACAGACAGACUCUUCCUGUGGGAACAGCAGGCAUGGUGAAAGCAACGUCUGACAGAAGCAUGCACAUUUCGGAAAGCAGGCCUGCGUCUUACCUGUACAGUAUUUGCAUUCCGCAGAUGGAACGGUUUGGAGAAGCACUUUUUCAUACUUUUGUGAAAAUAUACAUGUUGACCCAGUCUCUUGUAUCUGUACCUUUGUCCCUAGUACUGUAACUGCCAAUCUGUCUGUGUAAGCUGGAAUCUGUGGCAACUAUUACCCUGUGUUGUAUUUCACAAGUGUCUGGAUGGAUGGAGAGGUACUCAAACAAGUUACUUUCAAUUGUCCUGCUGGAUUUAAAAAAAAAUAGAAAAAGAAUCUCGAAACUACUGUUUUACAUAGAUUGCUUGAAGAGUCCUUCCUCUUGUGCUUCUGUAGCACUUUCCCAGCUCUUAGAUGUGGUAGCUGAAGGCACAGAAUUUAGAGGGCCUUGUAAAUAGGGCAUGAGGAAGUCACCUGUGUAUCGGGAUUGUAUUAGAGAGAGAAUCAGGAAAGACCAACUCAUGAAGUGAACUUGGUUUGAUUUUAUUCAACUAGAAAGCUUGAAAACAUCCCUGGAGAUUCUGAAGGCUUAAUUUUGCAAAGGAGGACGCACUGUCUGAACCUUGCAACUUCAUCCAGUGCAAGUUUGAUGCAAGAAUGUAUUAGGACAUAAAAUAGAGGCUGACCUUAAAAAGGGCCAGGACAAAAGCAGCUGCCAGCUCUGAAUCUUUAACUGAAAUGCACAUGGCACCAGGAGGUGUCUCUCAUAGUUGGUUGCUAGCCUAAAACAUCAGAAUAGAACCCAAAUGGCCUAGGAAAGCCUUCCAGGAUAACAAGAAGGCCCUGUCUUCAUUGUGUUUCAUCUGCCUAGGCCUACUCAUAUUUUAGAGAAUGAAUGAAGCAACAAGGAAGAGAGACCAUGACUCUAUCGAUGACACUGUUUAUAGAAACACAGGAGAGGAAGAAGUUGGAAUGAAAAGCACUUCGUCAGAACCUUGUGUGGGAGCCACUGAGAGAAAAGCGAGGCUGAGAAAGGCCAGAGCCUUGGGCUUUCCUGCUCUGCUUUUGGGUUGUCAGUUUGCCAUCUCUGGUUCUGUGCUAUAAUCAGAAUUGUAAUUAUGUUCUCCAGAGGCCAAUUUCAUUAACUCUGAUGAAUUAGGAUCAGCUAGCCAGAUUAGUAACCUCUUUGUCCAGCCUUGAUUUACAGUGCAGGGUAAAGUGCAGACCUUAAAAAAAGCGAAGUACCUAGAAGAGCUCCCUGCAAGUGUAAAUAUUAAGGAUGACCUGUGCAAAAUUAUACCCACACCAGCACUAGUGGUAAUUAUUCUAAAUUAUUGCCAAAAAGUUUUUCUUUAAUCUUCUGUCUUUCAAGUUUACAGAAAAGAAAGUAAGUGCAUUGAUGUCAUUUUAUUAUGUACAUAUAUCAUGUGCAUUCAAAGAAGCUGUGUGACAGGAUAUAUCAAUAUAAAAACAAGGUAUAUACUUUAUUUUUUAAAAACAAGGAUAUUGUGGUCAAUUUUACCCUAUAAAACAUAUUUCUGUAUUUAUAGAUCUUAAACAUGGUGAAUUUUUUCUAUUACAAGUUUAUUUAAAACUGCUUUGUUUCUCAAGUUGUUAUUGAUACAGCAAGUGAACCUGCUGCAGACAGAAGCAGAGGAAAGCCAAGAACAGCCUUUUAAUGGUGAAGAAAAGAAUGAAUGAUUCUUUGUAGGAGCCAUCAGCCACUUUUAGGAACCAUCAGCCAGUGUGUUGGGAAAAGAGGUUUGUCAAGUGUUGGCCUAUGGGAAGAAAGUCAAUGAAUGUUUUGAUGAAAUGAAUGUUUUUGUAUAAUGGCCUUAAACUUUUCUGGAAAUAUUUCAAAUAAAUUACAUUAUUAAGUCAUC